UAAAAUUUCUUGUACAACUUCCCAUAUUUUCUCGCAUGAUAUUUUGUCAUCUAAUUAUUGUUGAAAGAAUUUGUGCCACAGUUUUUAUAAAAUGUUAUGAAACUAAGAACGGAAGAAUAUUUACAACCUCAUGGAUUUUUUUUUGUAGGGGCUAUUUUAAUUUUUCGGAUAUUUUAUGUUAAAUAUUGAGUUAAUUCUGUCAACAUUAAACUUUAUUCAUAAUGAAGAAGAUGAAGCAAAUGAUAAUUUAUCUUCUCAAAAUGUGACAUUAUCUAGUGCAAUAAUUGCUGUAUUGCUUGCUUUAAUAGGAUUUUUUGAAAUUAUUGUACUAAAUAGAUUAAUAUCAAAUAAAUACUUAAUAAGAAAUUUUAAGUUGAUUGGAGUAAUAUGGAAGUAUAACAAGAAUAAAUUAAACGGAUUCUCAAAUACAAGUCUAUCUAUAAUUGGAGGUAAACCUGUUGUUGUAAUAAAUGUUUAUAGGAGAACAUCUGAAUAUAAGCUGAAAAAGCGUUAUCAGUAUUUGGAAAACAUGCGCAGCGCUUUUCAAUUGGCGCCAACAAUUCUUGCAUAUUUCGUUGCGAGUGUUUUGACAGCAUUUUCGCAAACAUUUUAUUCAAUUAUCUUUGAAGCAGAUGACUUUACAUGUGAAAUAAUUGUUAGUUAUUAG